CCCGAUGCAAGCACUAAGAGCAGUACUGUAUCAGAAACUGGUGUAUGCCCGUAUAGUAUGACCGUCGCGGAAAUUCCCGAUCACCCACCGAAGAUGUGAAGGGACCCCGGGAGCACCCGAGAUUAACUAGCCCGAUGAUACCAUACACCGGCUGCUCGGUUGAUAUCAAGUACCGUAUUGUUACAUUAUCCCGAAGGAUCAAUUGAAUACGAUCGUCGCUGUGCUAUUGCUUAUCUCGAUGCUCGACCUGGAAUUAUAGAAUGUCGUCUGAUGAAGAGCCACCUCCAUUUUCACAUUGAUGAUGUGUUGACCGGCAUGAUCGUCCAUAGUGGAGCCUGCCAGGUGGAUGGAUUCCACCCUGAAAUGUCUGACUCUGGUUGAUGUUACAUAAGCUGUUCUAUUUCUUCACAUGGAUUGAUAUAUUGCAUUAUUGUCUUGUCUGGUUCUUCAAACGACAUAUUCUGCAACUGACAAUGUACGACUUAGUAGGCGGGUCAUGUGUGACACAGGUGCAGAAAGUGGAACUCUCCCUAUUGUCCUGUUGCUGGUUUGGGGUGUUGACGAAUCCUGACGAGUAGGGAUCAAACAUGGCUGAUUUCAAUACAUCAUUGUUAGAGAUUUGUAGAUCGAGGACCGUGGGCGCGGGAAUGGCGAUCCUUUAUUUAGCAGUUUCAGGGGUGUCUUGUUCCAUUGAUGUCUAUCCUAUUAGUGGGAAAUAUUUUAAUAAAACAGAAGAAAGAUCGUAUGAGGUAA